UCCAGCUCGACUAUAAAUACACACACCCAUCCACAGUGCAGCAAUAUUAUGUGCAUGGCAUUCAUUUAAACUUUCUCAAAAAAGUUAAUGUGAUCCUCAUGGGAGCCUUAACAAGGGAGCCACUAUGUGCUCUGAUUUAACGGUCCUCGGUCUGCAAGGUGAAGGGUGGAAAAAAAGAGGGGCGGAAAGUGUUCUGAUCACGUGGCCAAAGUCAUUCUGAACGUAUGCUGCCCACAAAAAUAAAAAACCCUUUUUGAGCAGUCUUAUGCUGCGAGCGAGCGCUCAUCUUUUUGUCAUCUUCUUGGCUUUUAUUCAGCCAGCAGCAGCCGUCCAGCUGGGAGAUACAAACAGGAGACCAUUGCGUGAAGACAACAAAAAAUGACAAAUGUGAACACCACACCAUGGCUGUUGGACAGCAAAGCCCUCGAUGUCAACGCGUUCACAGAGUCGCCAACAUCUGUGAUGGAGCUGAUUGCGGCCAACAACAUCAUCUCCACAGCCAACCACGUGUACGCUUUAUUUGCUGCUGUGGGUUUUGUCUCAGGCUGCUUCCUGCUCUACAGCUUCGCUCACACCCGAGCGCAGCGGCAUCUGGCCUGGUUUGACUGCCUGCUGUGGGUCUUCUGCGGCCUCCAGCUGCUGCUGGUGCUGCUCUCGCUCUACAACGUGGUGCACAGACCUCACAGCCUGCAGACCAGCGUUUUGGGCUGUGCCGCGCUCUCCUUCACCGUCAACACCACCUAUCUCUGCGGCCUGUUCGUCUUGGCGCUGAUGGCUUACGUCCUAGCCCUCGACCCACCGUCCAACACACUGCUGAGGAGGCCCGGCGUCUGCGUGGCCGUAGUGGUCUUCACCUCUACUUUGAUCUCCGUGCUGCUGGCUGCCAUCCGAGGACCCGGUGACGGACUUCACCAGAACACAGACUGCUUUAUGGAUCCGCUCCAUGCUGGAAUUUAUGCCGUCGCUAAGUUGUGCCUAGCUUUUCUCAUUCCUUACGUUCUCAAACUGGGACUUGUGGUAUGUGGCUGUGUGCGACAAAGCAAAUCAAACAGACGAUUUCUCUCCGGCUCCGAAGAAGGCCCGGUGUUCCUGGCGGUGACUGCGGUGUCGCUACUCUGCCAUCUGUUCUACAUGGUGGUGCUUGUGCAAGGAGCACAGCUCCAAGAGGGUAAGCUGAGCCAUCGGCAGCGAGCGUUUGUGAGCGUGGCUGAACUGGUCUUCUUCUCUGCAAGCGGCGGCAGCCUGAUACUUGUGCCGCUCAUGCACAGGCCGAGCCGGGAAAGGAUAGGCGGACUGCUCAGGCGGCUGAGUGACUGCUGCACGCGUUCUGUGCACACUCAGGCGAACAGAAACAUCAUCACGGCCCACGUUGAGAUCAGGGACACCCUGCAGGACAUCGAGUCGUAAAGCGUUCUUCUGAAGAAGAAUCUCAGAGAGGUUCAGAUACCAAACGGAUGGUCAGGACAUGGCCUGGGUCACUAUUAUUAACUCUAUCCAAAUAUUCGGAACUCCUGUUUUAAUGCCAGCGUUGUACUGCCUGGAAGAUUUUCUGUAGCUCAACUUACCACGUGUUUGUCUUAAACUAGUAUAAACUAACACAACAGCCCCUCUGCUGGUUUUAGUCAAGAAGUGCGCUCCAUUUUGCCGCAAUUGUUUCUUUACGCGAAUCAACAAUUCAUUCCAGACAAUAAUCUGAAGUCUAAUCCAUUUACCGUUAGUUUACAUGUACAUUUUGGCAUGUACAGGUAAAA